CACCUUAGAAUUCAUCAACGGACUCACAUGGGGGAGAAACCAUUUAAAUGCAUGGAAUGUGGAAAGCGCUUCACUUAUAGUGGAGUCCUUAGAAUUCAUCAACGGACUCACACGAGGGAGAAACCAUUUAAAUGCAUGGAGUGUGGAAAGAGCUUCACUAAAAGUGGAAGCCUUAGAAUGCAUCAACGGACUCACACAGGGGAUAAACCAUUUAAAUGCAUGGAAUGUGGAAAGAGCUUCACUGAGAAAUUAAAACUUACAAUUCAUCAACGGACUCACACAGGGGAGAAACCAUUUAAAUGUAUUGAGUGUGGAAAGAGCUUCAGUCAGAGUGCACACCUUACAAUUCAUCAACGGACUCACACGAGGGAGAAACCAUUUCAAUGCAUGGAAUGUGGAAAGGGUUUCACUACUAGUGGAACACUAAGAAUACAUCAACGGACUCACACAGGGGAGAAACCAUUUAAAUGCAUGGAGUGUGGAAAGAGCUACAGUCAGAGUGGAAAGCUUAGAAAACAUCAACGGACUCACACAGGGGAGAAACCAUUUAAAUGUAUUGAGUGUGGAAAGAGCUUCAGUCACAGUGGACACCUUAGAAUUCAUCAACGGACUCACAAAGGGGAGAAACCAUUUAAAUGCAUGGAAUGUGGAAAGAGUUUCAUUGAAAGUGGAGCACUUAGAAUUCAUCAACAAACUCACAUAGGUGAGAAACCAUUUGAAUGCAUGGAAUGUGGAAAGAGCUUCAGUCAGAGUGGAAAACUUGGAAUUCAUCAACGGAUUCACACAGGUGAUAAACCAUUUAAAUGCAUAGAGUGUGGAAAGCGCUUCCGUCAGAGUGGAGGACUUACAAUUCAUCUACUGACUCACACAGGAGAGAAACCAUUUAAAUGUAUUGAGUGUGGAAAGAGCUUCAGUCAGAGUGCACACCUUACGAUUCAUCAACGGACUCACACGGGGGGGAAACCAUUUCAAUGCAUGGAAUGUGGAAAGAGUUUCACUACUAGUGGAACACUAAGAAUACAUCAACGGACUCACACAGGGGAGAAACCAUUUAAAUGCAUGGAGUGUGGAAAGAGCUACAGUCAGAGUGGACACCUUAGAAUACAUCAACGGACUCACACAGGGGAGAAACCAUUUAAAUGUAUUGAGUGUGGAAAGAGCUUCAGUCACAGUGGACACCUUAGAAAACAUCAACGGAUUCACACAGGGGAGAAACCAUUUAAAUGCAUGGAGUGUGGAAAGAGCUUCAGUGAGAGUGGACACCUUAGAAAACAUCAACGGACUCACAUAGGGGAGAAACCAUUUAAAUGCAUGGAAUGUGGAAAGAGUUUCAUUGACAGUGGAGCACUUAUAAUUCAUCAAGCGACUAACACAGGGGAGAAACCAUUUAAAUGCAUGGAGUGUGGAAAGAGCUUCAGUGAGAGUGGACACCUUAGAAAACAUCAACGGACUCACACAGGAGAGAAACCAUUUAAAUGCAUGGAGUGUGGAAAGAGUUUCACUACUAGUGGAACACUAAGAAAACAUCAACGGACUCACACAGGGGAGAAACCAUUUAAAUGCAUGGAAUGUGGAAAGAGUUUCAUUGACAGUGGAGCACUUAUAAUUCAUCAAGUGACUCACACAGGGGAGAAACCAUUUAAAUGCAUGGAGUGUGGAAAGAGCUACAGUCAGAGUGGAAACCUUAGAAAACAUCAACGGACUCACACAGGGGAGAAACCAUUUAAAUGUAUUGAGUGUGGAAAGACCUUCAGUCACAGUGGACACCUUAGAAUUCAUCAACGCACUCACAAGAGUGAGAAACCAUUUAAAUGCAUGGAAUGUGGAAAGAGCUACAGUCAGAGUGGACACCUUAGAAUACAUCAACGGACUCACACAGGGGAGAAACCAUUUAAAUGUAUUGAGUGUGGAAAGAGCUUCAGUCAGAGUGGACACCUUACGAUUCAUCAACGGACUCACACGGGGGGGAAACCAUUUCAAUGCAUGGAAUGUGGAAAGAGUUUCACUACUAGUGGAACACUAAGAAUACAUCAACGGACUCACACAGGGGAGAAACCAUUUAAAUGCAUGGAGUGUGGAAAGAGCUACAGUCAGAGUGGACACCUUAGAAUACAUCAACGGACUCACACAGGGGAGAAACCAUUUAAAUGUAUUGAGUGUGGAAAGAGCUUCAGUGAGAGUGGACACCUUAGAAAACAUCAACGGACUCACACAGGGGAGAAACCAUUUAAAUGCAUGGAGUGUGGAAAGAGCUACAGUCAGAGUGGAAACCUUAGAAAACAUCAACGGACUCACACGGGGAGAAACCAUUUAAAUGCAUGUAAUGUGGAAAGAGUCUCAUUGACAGUGGAGCACUUAUAAUUCAUCAACCGACUCACACAGGGGAGAAACCAUUUAAAUGCAUGGAGUGUGGAAAGAGCUUCAGUGAGAG